CUUUUAAAUACACCACACAAUAGCCUCCGACCGGCAGAGCCCAGUGCCCACAGACAUGAAAACCAUGUGUAGUAUUAUAGCGGCCCUCUGUCUUUCCUUUCUUCUCACACCAUCCUUAGCUGCAUUGGUUACAUCACCUCCGACGCUUCCAUCCAGACAUUCCGGUCAUGCCGACGAAUGUACUGCCCUCCUCCAGUUCAAAAAUUCGCUCAAAAUCAAUGAAGAAAUUGUGACUAGAGGGAUGUGUGCAGAAAGUGCCUUCAAUUACACCUCGUCUCUGAAGACAGCCUCUUGGAAGCAAGGGACUGAUUGCUGUACGUGGGAGGGGAUCACAUGUGAUGAUAUUACUGCUAACGUAAUUGAAGUGGACCUUAUUUGCAGUUAUCUUGAAGGCACCCUCCAUUCCAACAGCUCCCCUCUUUUCGCUUCAUCAUGUUCGGAGACUCUAUCUCGGGGGAACCAUCGAGCCCUGUGAAUUUGACGAGGCAACGGAUGGUUGAUGUGAGUGGACUCUGCAUCAAGUGCGAGGAACAGAACAACACAGCGGUCCGACUUUUCAUGUUCAGGCCAGAAGGUCAUGCAUGCUAGUAAUUUACAUAGUAAUUAUUUGGAUAUAUGAUAUAUGUGUGCACUGUGUUUCAAUAGUUUGAGUAAAUUCUGUCCAGUUUUUACCGGGUGUGUAAUUUGUUUUUGUAGUUGUAAGUACUUGUGCAAUAUCAGUGUUAAUGUAAUUUCAAUAACUCGUCAAGUGGACUGCUAUUAUGACAGAUGAAAUAACUUUCCAACAUUCGUGUCUAUGUAAGCAUUCAUUGCAGAAUCAAUUUGAACACGUCACGGGGUAACAUAUCAGCUGAAAGAAGAACUGAAAGCCGGCUUUGUGGAACAAGGUAUGUGUGUUGAAGAAUUUAUGGUCCCUUCUUCUGAGUUCGGGAUCUCUGGUGGCUUGGACAACUAAAUACAUUACAAAGGGUCGCAGUAUUUGGUCUCUACGGAUUCCUGGAGAUUGCUCCUGGAACUGGAGGAAGCUAAUGCAGCUGAGAGCACUGAUUUCCCCUUAUACUAGCUGCAGAGUUGAUUCAGGUAUUACUAUAUCUUUUUGGUAUGAUGCCUGGUUACCAGUUGGCCCAUUGAUUAAAUUUUGUUGUCGAGGACUACAAUGUUUCCCUAUCCUCAGUGAGCAUGCAAAAGUUAGCGAUGUUCUUUCGCAAGGACAAUGGCACUGGCCGCGUAGCUCGGACCCUCAAGCCACUCUGGUCCGGGACCUAGCUGCAGCUCUUGAUCUUUCCAACCAUGAUACAGUCUUAUGGUCCCCCCACAAAUCUGGGCACUUCUCCACUGCUAAUGCCUGGGAGUGUUUACGAGUCAGAAGCCCGAAACUGGAAUGGAAUAAUGCGAUUUGGUUCGAUGGACAGCUCCCGCGAUCUUCUUUCAUUAGUUGGCUAUGUAUCCAUAAUAGAUUAGCUACAAAGGACCGACUAUCAACAUGGGGGAUUCAGAUUGCGUCUGUUGAAUGCGAAUUCUGCAACACACGGCGGGAAACUCGUGAACAUCUCUUUUUUGAAUGUCCAAUCACUCAGGAAAUUUGGAGGAGUUUGUUGGCUUGAGUUGGCCUGCACCGUAAUUUGGUGAGCUGGAAUACGGAAUUCUGUUGGAUUUCUUCUCUUCGAGGUAAGAAGCUCGAUGUAAUUUGUUUAAAGCUUCUAUGGACUCACUACAUAUACUACAUAUGGCAUGAGAGGAACACAAGGAUUUAUCAAAGGCCCAGCUCCUCUCCAGAGGCUAUUGUUCGGAAGAUUUUUGCAGAUGUGAAAGCAAAGAUUUGUGUUUACCCACGACUCUCUCACAAAAUUGUAAAUUUUAUCAUAGCCAAUCAUAUGUUUAGCCCUCUGAUAUAGCUCUUAGCUUGCAGAUGUUUUUGGUAGUUGCUGGUAGUUUUGUUGGAUAAAUGGCUCUUGAUGUAUAUUCAUUUUGUUUAAUGAAAGUCGCUUCCAUUUAUCAAAAAAAAAAAAA